CACAGUAACAUAGAGGAAGAGAGGGAGGGGAACAGAAAUGACAAACUACUUUACUUGACGCAAGAUGGAUUCUCUUUAUAUGUUUUCAGUUAUACCUACAUUUUGAUAGGCCUAGGCUACAGGGAAUAACAAUAGUUUAUUUAUUUUCUUUUAUAGACGUUUGAAAUGACUUACAACAUGGACUCGGACAUAAUGGAUAUUUUAGAAGAAUUCAUGGGAAGUGCUUUGGUGACUUGGGUGCAGCAUUUUGAGAAAAUUCUUGACAGUGAGGACACUGUCACCCUCUACAAUCAGUACAUGGAAGUUAACUCCAAAUCCCAGAAUUCCCAUGACUGGUACCUGAAACUAACCAAUGGAGUCUUUCUUAAUGAAGUUAUGAGGGUCAUAGACCCCAACCCCAAGCUGGAGCCCCUGUACCGCAGCGGGAGAGACGACCAGAUGCUGCGAGUUCAGAACUUUUCCAUCCUCAACAGACAUCUCAGGGCCUUCUACCAGGAAAAUCUACAACAGCUGAUUUUGAUGCCUCUCCCAAACAUUGCCAUUUUGGGGCAAGACCCCCUAACAGAGGCGGCCGUGGAGGAGCUGAGGAGGUUGUUACUGCUUCUACUGGGCUGUGCUGUCCAGUGUGAGAGGAAGGAAACAUUCAUCCAGCAAAUCCAGUCGCUGGACAUCGACACUCAAACUGCCAUUGCCCACUGUAUCCAGGAGGUGACCCAGGACCCCCGGUCAGUGUUGCCACUGCAAUGGGAGGAUCUGGAUGGACAACAGGGGGGGCAGCUACAGGUGUUGUUUGGCUCCAUGGCCAGACAGAUACAGAGCCUGCUGGCACAGAGAGACACACAUUUGGAGAGGAUAGCAGAGUUGUGUCGGGAGCCUGAGAGCCAGCAGGCCAAGUCAUAUGGGUCUCCUCACAUCGGCCAUGAUGAGGACCUCCCCCAGGGACUUACCGUCCAGUUAGCAGACUCCAGGGCCAAGCUACGACGCCUCAAACAAGAACUGGAAGACAAAGAUGAUCAGCUGCUGGAUUACAAACAGGAAGUCCAAACCAUGGAGGAGCAGCUAAAGAAACUCCAGAGAGAUAACCGCAGUCUCCAGGGUGAGGUGCGUGGUAUGCGUGCGCUGCGUGACGAGCUGGACUGUUUCCGCGAUCGUGCCAGCAGAGCGGAGCACCUCAACACGGAGCUACAGGGUUGCAAACACAAGCUGCGGAGCCUGGAGGUCACUCGCACACAACUGAAGGAGCAGCAACAGCUGUGCAUGGCGCUACAGGAGACCCGGGCCUUGCUUGAGGAGCAGCUGGCCGACGCACGGCAACGCUGCUCCAGCCUACGGGAGCUGGAGAGGGACAAUCUACUGCUGCGACAGAGAGUUAUAGACCUAGAGGGGGAGCGGGACACCGAGAGGCAGAGGGUCGAUGAGCUCUUGGAGAUUAAUAUGGGCCUGGAGGUGGAGCUUAGACAGGAGCUUAGAAACAGCAACAACAUUAAUACAGGCAUGAUAAUAGCAGCUCAACAUUUCUACCAAUCAGAGGUUGAGUAUGACGAGGAGGCUGAACUAAGCGAGAAGCUGGGAGAAGAGAUUGAUCUGAAGCCCCUGAGUGUGGAGAUGGGGGAGGCAUCAUCGCUAAGGCUUCUGGGAGCUGAGUGUGAGAAUGCUGAGCUGAGGAGACGACUGGAGGAUCUGCAGGCUGAACAAGAGGUCAGGGGUCAGAAGAAAGCUGAUUUACCAGAAGUGAGGGAGGAGUUAGACUGUCUGGAGGCGGAGCAUCAGAAUAUGCGAAGAGAGUUUCAGAACCUUAAGAACGAAAAUGCCAUGCUAAAAAAGCACCUGGAACUGCUGAUGACAAAACAACUGAUAGAAGAGGGAGUUGAGAAGAGAGAGAAAGCAGAAAAAGGAGAGAAAAGAGAGAGAGGAGUCCAAGGUUCUGAGGACUCAAGAGGCCAGGGUGAGGGUACAGCCCGGAGGGGACUGCAGAGUGAAACAAGAACAAACAUCAACAGGAGCCAAAGAGAGGCAGGGGUAGGAGCGGAGCUGCUCCACCUGAUACAGGAGAGAGAGGUAGAAGCAGAGGAUGAGUUGCCGAAACCCCAACGAAGAGUGGAAGCAGAAGGUGAGAAGGAGAAAGAGACAGCUAGAGAGAGAAUAAGAAACAAAGAUGGGCUUGAGAAGGUAGACGUUGUCGCCAAAGAGACACAAGAACCCAGAGAGACACAAGAACCCACAGCCAGAAAAGAAAUCACCCUUGAAAGAACUAAGAGGGAAAGAGAAGAAAAAGACAACUCAGUGGAACUCGGUGAAAAAGAUGUUCAUGGUGUCCCAUUACCCGAAGUUGAGCAACUAACCUUAGAGCUGAAACAAACCCUGGAAGAGGCUGACCGGCAGGCGUCUAUAGCCCAGGACCUGCACUCUAAACUGGGGGAACAGAGCAGGAAAGCCUGGGAGGCUGAGCAGAGACUGGUAUUACUGGAGGCCGAAGGCCAACGACUAAGAAAGUCUACGGAGAGUCUAGUGGAGGCCAAGAGACAAAUAGAGGUCCUGCAGCAGGAGGGCCUUCAGAUGGAGGAGGAGCUGUGUCGACUGAGGAGCCAGGUGGAGCUGCAGCGGAUGCAGGCCUCAGUCAUUGCUACUCUAGAGGGGGAACGAGCCACGCUGGAGAGGGAGAGAGAGACCCUCCGUAGCACAGUGGAAUCCCUACGUUCUGCCCAGCGCAAGGGUGAACAACUGGAGCUGACGACCCAAGCCCUGAAGGCGGAGUUAGAGCGCCUUGGGAGGAGCCUGGAAUCGUCACGGCGCAGGGAGGAGGAGUUAGAAGCAGAACUCCGCGAGGCGGCCCUGGAAGCGGAAUCUUUGAACAGGGGGCGGGACCAGGCACUGUUGGAGGCCUCUCGAUUAGAGCAGGAGAAGGAGGCGUGUCAGGUUGAGCUGGACAGCCAACAGAAGGAGCAGAGGCAGAGGGAGAGAGAGGUGGCAAGGCUGAGGCAGCAGCUACAGAGUACAGCAUCAGCCCUGGAACACAGCAACCAGAGGGCCUGUAGUCUACAGAUGGAACACAGGCGUUUGUGUGAGGAGCUGUCCCAGUCCAAGGAGCUCUGUUCACAACUACAAGACCUGGAGAAUGAGCUGGGUACUCGACUGCAGGGCCUGGAAAGGGAGAACCAGGAAUUCAAGUUGAUGAACGUAGAAUCCCAGGAGAAAAUCAGCUCUCUUACUCAGGAGCUAGCCAAUGAGAAGGUACUGUCCCAAGAAUCUUCCAAUGCAAUUGCCGUGCUGAAGCAGGAGUUGGAGAGGAUGGAGGCCAAACUGAAGACAAUUAACGCUGACCUUCUCAAUUGUGAGAGAGAUGCUCUUUCUGCUAAAGUCACCACUGAAAGCCCACCUGAAUCACAGAGGUUGCCCGACAAGCAGGAGGCUACUUCUCUGUGGCAAUCUGAAGCUCUGUUAUUAAACCCGGGUCAUGACAUCUCCAUAACCUCUGCUGCUGGCGUGGAGAAAAUAGACCAACAUCUUAGUGAACGGCUCAUUGAACUAGAGAGGAAGAAUGCAGCGAUGGGCGCAGAGCGGGAGGUGUUGCUUUCCCAACUAUCUCAGUCCCAGUCAGACUGUAACCACCUGAGGGAGCAGAUAGACAGCCUCCAACAGCAUUCUGUCUCUGUGUGCACCAACCUGCAGAUUCUCAACACUCAGCUGCAGGUAGAGCAGGCGUCCCUGAGCACCCAGCAUGCAGCACUACUGGCAAGAUGUGGCGAGAGCGAAGCCAGGUGUGCCUCUCUGGAGGAGGAGUCUAAAGUAUGUGUCAGGGAGCGCGAGGAGGCAUUAGCUCGGACGGAGGGUCUGAAAAGGGACAUCGAGCGAAUGACAGUGCUGCAGCAGAGGCAGGAGGCGGAGCUAGAAGAACUGCUGGAGAGACACUCGCAACUGAGGAGCAUCAACCGAAACCUGGAGUCCCAGCACAGGGAUCUGGAGGGAAGGUAUCAAGAGCUUCUAGAUCGCAAAUCCCAGCUGGAGGAGAAAGAAAGAGAGAUGAAGACGGAGAAAGAGAAGAUGGAGGGACAGUUGCAGAAGCAGGCAGAGAGAGAGAGAGAGCUGGAGAGACUGAAGGGGGACUACGAGAGGUUGCAGGGGAUGCAGAAGGAGUGGUCCCAGGUGCAGACUGAGCUGCUGGCCCAGGGCUCGCUGCUCCGGGGGGAGCUGAGUGCUGCCCAGCUGGAGAGGACCAGGCUAGAGGGAGAGAUCAACUCUCUGAGGGAGAACAACCAGAGACUGGAGCUCAGUACCGACCGGCUUACCAACCAGUACCAGCUGCUUACCCAACUGAAGGGGAACAUGGAGGAGGAGAACCGCCACCUGUUGGAGCAGAACCAGAGUUUAACCAAUCACAACCGAGUUCUGAUGGAGCAGAGCUUGGAGAGGAAAGACCAGCACUACUCACAGCAGAGAGAAUACCAGGAGAAGCUGGGUGAGCUGCGCAGAGAGAAACAGAAGCUGGUGGAGAAGAUUAUGGAUCAAUACAGAGUCCUGGAGCCCAACAUGCCUACACCCGGCAAGACCAAAAAGUCCAACUGGAUAGCAGACAGGAUGAAGAAGCUGAUCAAGCCUCGAGGAGGAGGAGGAGGGAAAGAAGGUCGCGCUCUCUUCUACGCUGCUGGCAGUACAGAGAACCUGGCUGACAGUGUUGACUCCCUGGCGGACACACCAACACAGGCUGAGACCAGUGAGAGUCACACACAUUCAGUGAACAAUCCCCGGAGUGCCCCGGUUUCCCCCUCCCCCCUGCGGCGUGCCCCCGCCCCGGCCGACUCAGAGCAGGCAGGAGGACUCUGCGGGCUGCCACUGCGUUCGAGUUCGAGUGGCCGUCGUAAACUUGGCUCCCGCCACGGCUGGGGGCUGGGGCGUGGCCGGGGAGGAGUCUCCCAGUCCUUCAGUCCCGGAGACCAGAAGCCCCCGCCCCGGCUCCGUCUAUCCUCCGCCAACACAGGUUCCACAGUAAUAUGGGAGGCGGAGAGCAACCUUACGGCCACACCCACUGACACACCCAAAACCACACCCAUGGCCUCAGCCUCCACCAGCAUGGAGAAUGUGAUGGAGGAGAAAGGGGGAGAGAAAGAGGGAGAGAAAGGAAGGAGGGAGGGAGAAGGUAGUGUAGAAUAAGGGUAUUGAUAAAGCAGAGACAGAUCUCCAACUGUCACAGGUGUCCCUGACAAACAAUUUAUUGUAGAAGUGAAGUGACUGGUUUUGACAAUACUUCUGUGUGGGGGACCACUUGAAGGAAAUCUCAGGACAGACCACUGCGGUCAGGGCAAACCGAGAGGAAAUUACUGCCUUUCAACUGGAAAAAACAUGAUCAUUUGCACAUGCAUCCAGACAAGAUCUAAACCAAGUCAGGGAUUCAAAUUAAAAGAGAUAAAGUGGUUUUGUCCGAUUUUUGUAAUAUGUGCCAGAAGGCAUUUCCCAUGUACUUGAAAGUUUUUCUACCAGCCAAUAAUUAAAAUGUAUUUUGUGUUUGUUUAAAGAUGGUUUUCUAUGCACAAGAGAUCACAGGUUAGAGGGUGAUUGAGGCAUUUCCCUGUCUGUGGCCAAAGGGUGUCAGUGUAGAGCUGUUUAGACACCAACAAAGUCCACCAGGGAGUGUCUUUUAAAUAAUAUUCCAGGCCUUUAUGUUCAUCAGAAAUGUUGGGCUGCUCCGUUUCUCUGCAGCCCAAACCCAAGGGUAGAGCAUGUCCCAUUUUAACUUGGGAAGGAUGGAGUGAUGGAGGUGAGAGAAGCUAGACACCAAAGGUUAAAAGCAGAGGGGAUAUUUUCUAGUCCACCAAGGCUCCAAUGAAUUACGAUUUCGAAACGACAAAUGGAAAGCUAAUACAAUUCAUGAAUUAUGUAGUUGUCAUGGCAACAUUAAUCAAAAUGGGGCCUCUGCGUCUGAACAUUUUGUUUAUGAAAUUUAGAUGCACUGAGCGUUUGUGAGUGUGGAGGAUGAUACGGAGUCUGUCACUCAGUCGGUCGCCCAUUACAGCGAGAUAGCUUCUCCAUAAGACACCUGCAGACAAACAGCAGCCUCAAACUGAAGAAAAGCAGUGAAAUAAAAACCCCAGACACAAAUGCAUACUCUUCAUUCCUUAUGUUAAUAGGUAAAUAGAUUACACCUCUGAAGGCUAAUGCUCAUUAACAUGCAACCUUGAAGCGUGAGACAUUUUGACUCCAUUGAACAGACUAAUAUAAAAUAAAAAUACCCUUUACAA